ACUAUGAUCCUCAUAAGUUCCAUUUCUAGCGAGAAGCCAUGCACCAGUAAAUGUUUUAAUAUGAUGUGUAGUAUAAAUACCGUUCAAUUGAAAUAUUAAAUAGUGCAGUGGCGAAGCAACUCAGCACGAAAAUAUAGAACUAGAGAGAGUGUAUAUUAAGUGAAAUAAAGCCAUCAAUUGAAAUGUUAAAUUCGUAAUCAACAUGCAAUCUAAUAAAUUGAAAACUGUCCUCAAACUAAAUGUACUACAAUGGAAUUUUAUACGACCUGCAGCAGUAAAGAGCGCUUCUGUGAAUAUAACAGACGAGGUGCAAGCGUCGGUGAAGUCAUGGAAGGAAAUCCCUGGACCGUCAUCAUUGCCCAUCAUUGGGCCGAUGCAGCAUUUUUUGCCGGGAAAAGCUUUAUCAGACUUCAAUGUUUUUCACGAUGUUUUAUAUAAAACUUACGGACCAAUCGUCAGACUGGAGUCAGUAUUGGGAAGUUUACCCCAUAUCUUCCUUUUUGACCCUGAAUCAUGUGCUCAGGUACUCCGUGGUGAGAAUUGGAUGCCAAAGCGUCCUGGAUUCGAUUCCCUAGAAUAUUACAGGAAAAAGUAUAAGAAGACUCCUGAGGAGCAGCAAAAGCUGAGCGGACUUAUUACUGACCACGGUGAGAACUGGAAGGAAUUCCGGUCUGCCAUCAAUCCGGUGAUGAUGCAGCCGAAAAUAAUCAAACUUUACAGCACGGUACUGGAUGAAGUAGCCGAUGAUAUGGUUAAGAGGAUGAGGUCAAUUAGAGACGAAGACAAUAAGAUUAAUGGAGAUUUUGAUGUAGAAAUGAAUCUUUGGGCAUUGGAAUCUAUAGGAGUUGUGGCUUUAGGAGGACGUCUCAGAUGUUUCGAUCGAGAUUUAGCAGAAGAUUCCCCGGAAAGACGUUUAAUACAAUGUGUCCAUAACCUAUUUAUAAUGAUGUAUGAAUUGGAUUUUAAGCCAAGUUUGUGGAGAUACUUUCCUACAAAGCUUUUCAAGAAAGCCAUGGUUUUGUAUAAAGAACAAGAAGAUUUAACGAAAUACUUUAUUCGCAAAGCGAGAAAGGAUUUGGAACAGAAUAAGAAAUCAGAUUCAGAAAAAGCGGUACUGGAGAAACUUCUUGAGAUCAACGAAGACAUAGCUGUCAUUAUGGCCUGUGAUAUGCUGUUCGCUGGAGUCGAUACGGCGGCAAACACAAUCACAGCAGUACUGUACCUCCUCGCAAAUAACCAAGAUAAACAGGAUAAGUUAAGAGAACUAUUAAAAACAAAAGAUUCAGACGAAACAAUUAGAUAUGUGAAAGCAUGUAUUAAGGAAGGAUUACGAAUUAUGCCUGUUGUAUCCGGUAAUGCAAGACAAACGAGUAAAGAUUACGAUAUUCUGGGUUACAGGAUACCUAAAGGGAUGAACGUCGUUUUCUCUCAUCAGUAUAUGUCGAUUAUGGAAAGUCAGUUUCCAAAACCAAAGGAAUAUGUACCUGAACGAUGGUUGGAUAAGGAACAUCCCCUUUAUCAUGGAAAAGCACAUCCGUUUUCCUAUAGUCCUUUCGGAUUUGGAGUAAGAAUGUGUGCUGGUCGCAGAAUUGCAGAGUUGGAGCUGGAAACUUUUCUUGCCAAAGUAGUCCAGAAUUUCAAAGUAGAAUGGUUUGGGGAGCCGCCUAAAAUAGACGUGCGUUCCUUGAACUAUAUUAAGGGACCGUUCAAUUUUAGAUUUAAGGACAUAUAAAACUACUGUAAGGGACGUUCAUAAACGGUACUUGUAAUUUUUAUAAUAACAAUUGUAAAGUAUUUCAUUUUUUACCCUUAUGAAACUAUAUUUGAAAACUACUCAGUUCAACUACUACGUUUGUACGAAGUUACAGUACAAGUAAAGUAACUUCAUACAAACGAAGCAGAUUGUAUAUGUGCAAUGUCGCCGCUCGUUGUAUACGAACGCAUACAUUCACAUAAGCUCGAGGUGCGCUCGCGUUGCAUAGCGCGGGUUGUCGCAGGCAACGUUUAUUUUAAACGCGUUAAAAAAAUGACGUCAGAUAAUAAGCGUGUUUAUUGUUGUGCUUAUAAUCGCUUGAGCAAAAAUGCCUCAGACUCUCAGAAAUGGCCAGCAUUUAAUUUGUAUUUCGUAAUAAAAAUACCAAUCCCCGACCCUGGUAUAAAAAUAUCAAUAGCGGGUUUUACACAGACACUCUAUCGCACGAGGUACAGCAUUCGCGCGAUUGAGCAUACGUGUAAAGACGAUGGAAGUAAAAGGGAAAGAUCGCGCGAUUGCGCUCUUCAGUCGCAUACUCUAACACUUGCCACUUUCACGCGGUCUAUCUUGCGCUAUUAGCCUUUACACGGACGCUAUUUCCGUUACAACAAAAACGAACACGAGCUUUACGCGCGGAAGAACGUUAGCUUAAAACAUUUUAAACCAGAUAAUCGCGCACGAUUGCGUAUGCAAGGUUUGCCGCGCGCUCUCCUGUACACUCCUGAUUACGCACGAUAGAGUGACUGUAUAAACUGGGCUAAUACGUAAGUAAUGCAUUUAACAAAGAUUAUUUUAAUAUAGCAUGAGAAUACUGUGAUUGAAUACUUAUUUUUUUUUAAUUACAGUUACAGCUUAUAGGUACAACUAAAAUAAUAAUGUGACAACCCUACGCUCCGAGUGAAGUGUGAAGGUAUAGGCACUACCGUGACUUAUUAUAUUAUAGUCAAAUAGUGUUGGUAAUAUAAAAGUAACUGGAUGUAUGUAUGUGUGAUACUAAAUAAUGCAUAGUGCAAGAAAUCAAUGUUAGGAAUCAUACUACUAUGUUUAUAGUACAUUAUGUUACAAGGGCGGUAUGUGUCUAAUUACGAACAUACGGACAUUUAAAGCCUGAACCUAAGGCAAAGUCUAACCCGAAUCAUUUUUAAGUGCUGUGUGGCAUACAGUAUUUCCUCACACUUGCGAGGAAGCUGAAGGAACAAAAUAGACUUCAUAAUUGUUAUAGUUUUAUUAUAUUUAUAAACUUUUUAGUACAUGUAAGUGUAAUAUGAAACUAAAGGAUUUUUGAGCAUAAAAACUUUUUGGUUUUACGUAUGAAGAAAAUGUACCUAUAGUCUUUUAGAUUUUUUAAUGCCAUGGUAUUUAUGAGUACGCAUCUUAUAAAUAUGAUAAAUUAAAUGAAUACUGUAUUUAUAUUACUUUUUUACAAAACUGUAUUUAUAUUACUUUUUUACAAAUGUAACGAAAAAUCCACUGCAGUUUUGCUCGCGGUUUACUUCGAGGUUUUUGAACCCAUUACAAAAUGUCGUUAUU